AAAUAUCGUCGACAUUGUUUAGACGAAAUAAAAACGUGUUGUUUAUUGCCUCGUGUCGUUUGAUCUUCACAGAAAGAGAACAAAAAGUUUAUUUGAUUACCGUCUCGUCAAGAUUUUUGUGGGCAAAUAUUGUAGCAAAGUUCGACAUGGAUCAUAAAACUAAAUUCAAUCAUAAGCGUUUAAUUAUAAUUCUGCUGAUCACACAAAAGAUUUUCUCCGAAGUAGAAUUUAUAAAAUUUAUUAAUUAG